AUGCUGCUCUGCCUCACCCUGAUUCUCCUGAUGGGGCUGUCUGUGUGCACCGUGGCUGGGGACAGCAGAGAGGAGCUGACACUCAGCGCUGAAGCAGGGCCCUGGGAAGGCGCUGUGCUCAGCAUUCAGCUCCAACUUCAGGAAGUGAAGAGGGGCAAGGCAAGCCAGUUCUUUGGGCUGAUGGGGAAGCAGGUGGUAGGUGAGUGACGAAGGUGGGCAGUGCCCAGUAAGGAGUGGUUCUGCAUGGGUUUCCGAAACACCAAGGGGAAAACCUAGGUUCAAGCCCAGGACCUGGGGUCAGUUACUCCAAUCCAGCAGGGGGCACUCUCCCAAUGGGAUGGGGGUAGAGUGUCCAUAUAAAUUACCAUCCAAACCAGGAUACUUUGGAGAGUUAAUAAUCAUACAGGGCAACAGGUGUAAAUUGGGUCUGUCCCCAGCACGUGGGGAGUCAGAUCACCCUUAGGGUGCAGGCAACUGCUCUGCAACCUGGCUGGUACCCUUGCCUCGGAUAUAUGGAUGACUUUGGAGAAUAGAGAUGAAGCUAGAGCUCAGGGUCUAGAGGUAAGCAAAGCCACAGGCCAAGUUUUCUAGUCAAUACUAUUUGGCCCAAACUACUAUUAAAAUGAACCUGUGUUUCCUGAGGGCACUGUCAGCCUGGGAGUCAUGCCCUGGGUGACAAGGAGAAAACAGUCUGGACAGACAGCAAUUUUUUCUUAUUGUCAACUUUCUUUUUUUAAAGUGGUAAUGCACGGUGUUGGUGAGGGUGUGAAGAAAGUGGCACUUUUGUACCCUGUCUAUUUGGAAGCCAUCUUGGUGGCAUUCUUCAGAGUUGGGAAUAUGCAUACAUUUGACCAGCAGCCUCACUUCAGAGAAUCUAACAAACAGAAACGCUGUUCCUACGUGAGCCCUGAGAUGUUGGUACCAGAGUGAACACUGCCAACUUGUUUGUAACAGCAAGAAUUUGGGAAUAACAGAAAGAAUUAUCAAUACGGACAUGGUCAAAGUGCAUUAGGUACAUCCAUAAACUUUGUGGCCAUUUAAAAAAAUGAGGCAGAUCUGUGGUAAGACAUGGAAAGUUCUCCAGGAUAUAUGAUUAAGCAGAAAAAGCAAGCGACAGAAUAUGGGUGCUAGGCGCCUACUUGUUUAAAAAAGCACACAUACAUACAUACAUAUAUAUAUAUAUACAUAUAAAUGCAUACAGAAACUUCUAGAAAGAUAAAUACCAAAUUGUCAACAGUGGUUGUUAAAAGUGCUUAGAACAGUGCCAGGAACAUAGUAGGUGAAAUGUCAGCUAUUUAUUAUUACUGUUAUGUACACUAUUGUGUAAAAGAUGGAAAAGAGCCCAAGUUGAGGCUAGAGAACGAGAGGAAGUGGAAGUGAGAGAGAGUGAAGAGGGACUUUAAUUUUUACUGUAUAUACCUCUGUAUUAUCUGAAUUUUUUUUAUAGUGGGCAUGUAGUCAAGGGCUGCUUUUGUAAUAAAAAACAUGCAUAUAAAAAAUAGAGAAAACAGUUCUUGUGACUAAAUACUUUUGGCUUUUGGUUCGUCUGCAAAAUGUGUUUUAGACUGGGCCAUUUCAAAGUUCUCCUUCAAAUCUAACAACCCAUGAGGAGCAGGGGUUGGGGCUAUAAGUAAAAUAUUUCUUGAGCACCUACUAUGCUCACACAUGACUAAAUAUCCAUAAUAACAUCCCCCUUAUAACCAGUGGGAAACCUGCGGCUCAGGUAAGUACUUUUCCCAAGUAUGCCCAGCACAGGUGCCUCUGACUCCAAGUCUGUGUACUUCCCACUACUCCACACUGCUUCCUAGAAGGAGCAGCCGAGUGGCUCAGCCACACAGGGACAAUGGGGACCAACUAGAGUCCCACUGAAGACCCACCAGAGGCACCAAACUCCCAAAAGCCAUGAGCCCUUCCCACUUCACCAAGCCCCCAGUAAAGCAGUACUAUCCUCAUUCCUGCUUUCUCUUUCCCCAGGAAUGUCACCAGUCCAGCCAGUGAGAAGACAGGUAAGUGUUGCCCAGGCCUUCCCCUCAGCAUCCUUCCUGAGAAGCGUAGAUAUUUCCAGGCCACCAACAGUCAGGGGGAUUUGGGAGACGCUCUGGCCAGGCCGGCAGAGCUCUGCAGAGGGUGGGCCAGCAUGGUUUAGCCACACAUUGGCUUCUUGGGCAGAUUCUUGUGGUUGUUCCCACCGUGGGGUGGUGUGUGCCACUUAGGGAGUGGAUGCAGGAAUAAGGGAAGACAAGGAUAAAUCUAGUUCUGCGAAAUGUUCAGUUACCUUGGGCCUAAAGGCUGGGGUUGGAAAAGCAAAUCAACCAAAGAUAGGAAUGCUCAGUGUUUCAAUCCAUUCCUCACCCUGUACCCAGAAGGAUCUUAAAAGUGAAAAUCUGAGCAGUCACUCUCCUGCAUAAAAUCUUCAGUGAAAAAGGAAAAGCAAAAACAAAACAAGCCAUCUUUUACCCACCACCCUCUCGUGCUCUCAGGAUCAAGUCCAACCCCCAACAUGGCUCACCAGAUUGCCCAGCCCCAUCUCUUAUGGCUCUCCUUCCCUGUUCACCUGCCCUACCCAAAGCACAGUGCACUAUACUGUCCUGCUGGGGUACGUGGCUGGUGUCCCCAAACUGGGAACUCCCGAAGGGCAGGCACCAGCUCUGCCACUGGCUCUGUAUGCCCAACCUCCAGCAGU